GGAUGAGGGGGGCGAGAUCACACUUCCUGCUGCUCUUCCUCAAGAACCUCAAACUCCUUGUUAGGGCUCCCGUGACUCUAGUCUGUGAGAUCUUCAUCCCUAUUAUUAUCGUCAUCAUGUUUUACGGUAUCUCAACAUCCUUCCCAACAUUGAACCAUUGCUUUUCCACAUAUUCCCCCAAAAGUAACGACCUUCGGAUCCCUCCUUACCUAGAUGUCAUGAUAGCCAUCGCUCCGUCCACCCAGCGAGUCAGGGAUAUCAUAGACGCUGUUAUGAAACAGGAUCAAGUGGAUAUCCAACCAUUAGUACUGGACUUUUUAGAGAGCGAAGAGAGAGUGAACACAAUACUUAAAACUAGCCCCAGCACUUAUAUUGGAGCAGUUAUUUUUGAUGAUUUCCACAUCGGGGACGACCAUUUGCCAGAUAAUAUCAGCUAUACUAUCAGAUACCCUAUAAAGACUUCCAUAGGUAAGCUAGACUGGGUUGGCAAGAGUCCAGGACCCGAUGACUGGGAAUGUGCGACUGGAGAUGUAGGUCUUUGUGUGGGCAAGAAAGUUCCGACUGAGAGAAAGUUCUUGAAGGAAUGGCAGUUUCAAUUACAACAAGCAAUUGACAGAGCCAUUAUACACUUAAAAACUAACACCCCACUCUCUGAUAUAACUGAGGUUAAAGCGAGGCAGCUGCCUUUUCCUCAGUGGAUAGAAAACUGGUUCCUUGUUGGGUUAUCAGAAGGUCUUCCUAUCAUGAUAAUAAUAGGCUUCUUCUGGAAUGUGUUCAUCACAACCAAAGAUAUCGCCAAAGAUAGGGACACUGGAGUACGUGAGAUAUUCAAGUCAAUAGGAGUGAGUAACUCGAGUAUCUUGGGAUCCUGGCAUUGUUUGAGGCUUCUUGUUGCUGUAACAGUUGUAACUGUGGUCACCUUCUUUUUGUGGGCCUUACAGAUUACCAGAUUUUCCAACAUGUUUUUAGUGUGGAUCAUAAUGGUUCUCUUUGCUGUGUCCACGGUAAACAUGUGCUUUUUAAUGGGUACGUUUAUAAGCUCCUCAACUCUGGGUAUGUUCACUAUCCUGAUCAGUUACCUCGUUUCCUUCACUCCCUUCCUUGUCCUGGCGCAAAACACUGACCAGCACUCAGACACCACCAAAUACUUCUGCGCUCUCCUCUCCCCCGCUGCAGUGUGCCUAGCCCUGGCUAACGUGGGCACCUGGGAGGCUGAGGGUAUUGGUCUCACCUGGGACACCCUCAAUCAGUGCACUGGACCCAGUGAUUUUACAGCUCUUACUGCAAUCAUGAUGAUGGUGGUUGACAGUGUUAUAUAUGGUGUUUUCUUUGUUUAUUUGGAUGAGAUAUUCCCGGGAAAGCACGGGAUUGGACUACAUUGGACUUAUAUAUUUGAAAAGAAGUAUUGGACAUCACGUCUGCCUAAUGAUGGAAAGGUAAAAGAGGAUGAUGAGAGAGGGGUAGAGUUAGAAGGGGUUGAGAAACACUACUUCUCCAGAGGAAGAAUAACAAGGGCAGUCAACGGUAUCAGUACUAAAUUCAGAGAAAACGAGAUAUCGACCCUUCUAGGGUAUAACGGGUCAGGGAAGACCACGACUCUAAAAAUGCUAGCUGCCAUGCACAGCCCUACUAGUGGCAAAAUAACAAUCAACGGCCUUGAUCUCUCAAACAACGCCUCAACCAUAAGGAAAACCCUGGGUUACUGUCCUCAACAUAACAUUUUGAUAGAGGAUCUCUCAGUUAUCGAACACCUCCAGCUCUUCACCAGUCUGAAGGGUCUCCACGGUAAACACAGAGACGUAGAGAUAGAGAUGUCAAUAAAGAAGUUGAGGUUUGAGGAGCACCGUGAUGAUAAAGUGCAGCAUCUUAGCGGGGGUAUGAAAAGGAAGCUGAGUUUGGGUUUAGCGUUGUGUGGUCACCCUAACGUGGUUAUCCUUGAUGAACCCACGUGUGGAAUGGACACUGACGCGCGUAGAGUUACUUGGGAACUACUCCUAAAUCAUCGUCAGGGAAGGACAAUCAUAGUCAGUACCCACGACAUGGAAGAAGCAGACCUACUCAGUGACCGGUGUUUCGUCCUCUCAGAAGGUCGCAUCAUCUCCAGCGGCUCCUCUACCAAUAUCAAGUCCCUAAACGGGGUGGGGUAUCAACUCAGCGUGUCCGUUAUCUCACAUGAUAAACAGUUACUUCCGGUCCUACAACAAUUUGCACCUGAUGCCAGGUUGAUAAGGAAAAGUUAUAAGGAACAGGUCUUCGCUAUAUCAGAUGCAGAUAAAGUUAGUUUGAUUAAACUGUUGAAACAUUUAGAGGUGGAGGGUGGUAAUCUUGGGAUCACUGGGUAUGGUUUACUGCAGAGUGAUCUAGAGGAAGCCCUUGCUAAUGUUAUUAAAACUCAGACCCGUGAGCCUGAUAGGGCUCUGGAGGGGGAACGUAAAAUGGGGUGUUUUACCAGGUUGACGUAUUGGAUGUUUGGUGUGGAUGAUGAUGUUGAAACUUUCACUACGUUGAACAAUAAACAAUCAGUUUCUUACGCUGAUCAGAAUCAGUAUGCAGCUGUACCGUUGGAAGACGAAAGGAAUUCUCCAGAGAAAUACUCGGGAUUUAUGUUAAGUAUCGCCAGACUCGUUACUCUUAUUAAGAAGAGAAUCUUAGACGACAGAAGAAACAAAUUAGGGAUCGUUAUGAAAUUAGUCAUACCCUUUUUGUUGAUAUUAUUCGGGAUAACAUUCUUGAAGAUAAAUCAGAAGGCAGAACAAUUUAAGUACACUCUCGAUAUCGAUGGAUUAGCAAAGCAACCCGAUUAUUUGUUAACAGUUGAUCUGGCUCAGACGGGUAUAUUCAGAUCAGAUAAUAAGCUCCUUUCAGAGGUUCAGAACUUUAUAUUGGUUGAUUGGACUAAAGAAAUCAAAGAGAGUAUAAGCAAGGAUUAUAAGAAUAUAGAUUGUUGUUCUUACAGCUUUCUUCAGCUUCAAGACACUUGUGCCAAUCUUCAGUACAACUCAUCAGUAUGGCAGAACUGUAUGAGUAAUCCCUCGUUUGGGUACAGUAGUUGUUUUGAUGCUUGCUUCCAGAGAGACGUGUUGAUGGAUUAUCAAGGUUGCUCUGCGGGUCAGAGACCCGGGGAGAACUCUCAGACUCAGAUUGACUAUUUUCAGAAUAAAUUCUUAAACCGGUCAGUGGACUACCUGUUCAAGAAAUACCACCACCACGUGUUAACCAGCAGUGCAGAAUCAGGGGAGGUAAGCUUGACUGCUUGGUUCUCCGCUAUGAGGAGACAUUCUAUUGCACAAUCUGUCAACGUUAUGAACAACAUGCUCGUCGGGUAUUAUUCUAAUAACACAGCUGGCACAAUUACCACCUCCUUCUGGCCUUACGAAACACUGGAGGACAGUUUAACACAGGCAUCAGAAGUGUCCCUUCCACUGAUGAUAAUGGCUAUGUUCACCACCUUCGCUGGCACCUUCGUCACAGCCUCAAUCUCACUGUUCCUUGUUAAAGAAAGGGUAACGAAGAUGAAACAUCUCCAGUUGAUGGCUGGGAUAAGUGGUAGAAUUUACUGGUACGCUAAUCUACUGUGGGAUCACUGUGUGUUCCUUACCUUCGCCAUGACAACACUAGUACUACUAGCCAUGUUCUCUAUAGCUGAGUUCAGUGGUUGGAACGGGGUAGCGCUGUUCUUGUUGUUAGCGGUGUUCUCUUUCGCUUCUCUUCCUAUCACUUAUUUGCUUACCAUGGUGAUAGACUCGGCGGUGUUGUGUUUUGCUGUUAUUUGCACAGCAGGGUUCUCAUUUGGGAUGUGUGGGAUCAUGCUCUCAGUCUACAUUGAAAAUGCUCACGUCCACUCUGUUUUAGCUCUUAUACCUUACUCAGCACUAGGAAAAGGAAUCAUUGAUUUGUACAAGAACCAGAACCUAAAGAGCUUCAAUGAUUUAUGUGAUUGUGCUACUGGGUUUGUCGACAGCCCCUUCAGUACAGAGCAACCAGGAGUUGGAAUGCAGCUGCUGUGUCUAACUAUAGAGGGGUCCAUCCUGACAGUACUUUUAGUCUGCAUAGAGGAACUCUCCGUAUUCGUACAGCUGUAUUACCACCGAGAAGAUGUGAGGAGUUUUGAACACGAAGAUAGUGACGUUGCUAAGGAACGGAGGACUAUAAGAGAUCAAGCUGCUGAUAGUUUCCCUGUUGUAGUGGACUCCAUUUCUAAAGUUCUGUCCAAUAAAUUGGUCCUAAAUAACGUUUCAUUUGGAAUCCAAAGAAAGCAGUGUGUAGCCCUGUUAGGACACAACGGGGCUGGUAAAACAACCCUCUUCUCAAUCCUUAGUGGGGAAGUUAUUCCUACCUUUGGGAGCGUCAACUUGUUCGGGACAAGUAUGAUCUCUGAUAUCAGGGGAUACAGGGAACGAGUUGGGUACUGUCCUCAAGAACCUGCCACCUUCGCUAACUUAACAGGAAGGGAAGUGUUGACACUAUUUGCUGGACUAAGAGGGCUGAAAAAGAAGAAAAGCGAAGAGAUAGUUACUAGACUCUUAGGCUGGACAGGACUAACCCAAUACGGAGACAGGAUAACAAGAACAUACUCAGGGGGUACACUCCGCAAGCUUUCCCUGGCUAUAUCACUGAUUGGAGACCCACCUGUAUUACUGCUGGAUGAGCCAAGUGCUAGUGUAGACCCCACUUCUCGGCGAAUGCUGUGGAAACUACUUCGUCAGCUAGCUGACAGUGGCAAAUCAAUCCUUAUCUCAACUCACAUAAAGGGAGAGGUGGAGGCAGUUUGUGAUAAAGUAGUGAUACUGAACGAGGGAAAUGCUGUUGCGAUCGGCUCUUGUAACCAAGUCAAAGACAAAUUUGGUUCCGGAUUCUGUUUACAGGUGUCCACACCAGAUCCCACGGAAGUUGACUUAACGAAAGCAGCUAUAGAACAACGUCUGAAAGAUGUCACAUUCGUUCACGGGGUUGGACGACAUCUCCAAUACCUCGUACCCUCCAAAUCCUUCUCCUACUCCGACGUGUUCAUAGCAGUAGAACUAAUAAAACAGCUCGUGAAACUAGACCACUACUCUGUGUGUCAGGUCUCAUUUACUCAGCUGGACAUAAUAACUCAGACUAAGCACAAGGAUAAUAAAUCUAAUUUAGAGACGUUUGUGAGGAGGGUUCAUGGAUUAGUGAGAAGGAGUUUUAAGGAGGGUUUUACUUUUAAGAGGACAAAUGGAAGGAAUGGAAGGACACCGACUGUAGUUUAUUCGAACCAAUCUGCAGCUUCGGAAGAUCUCGAGAUUGUCGAAGUGGUAGUAUAGUGAUCGGGUAACAUGGUAACUUAGUAACCUAAUAAACUGGUGACUUAGUUACUUGGUAAUCCUGGUCAAUUAGAAAAGAAUCUGCAGGCUCGGAAGUUAUCGAGAUUUAUAGCGUAUGCUUUUUUGUGGUAGCUUUAUGUCAUUGAAUCAACUAUAUUUCUUAUUAUCAAGCUGAUUUUAUAUAUUUUUGAUUGGAUUGAUAAUUUGUUAAUAUUUUGUUAUUAUGCGAUGAUUUGAUUAAGGUGUCCUAAUACACCGGAACAAAGAAUGGUAGAAGUUAUUCGUUUCAGAACACCUUAUAAAUACAUUAAUUUAAUACAUGAUAAUGCAGUGCAAUUUUAAUUUGGAUCAUUGCAGAUCUGGAAUUUUUGGAUGUUGCAUGAAUUUUAUUUGUGGGCAGACAUGGUUGUCAAAUGUAAAUAUGUACUGCUUUCGAUUUAUCUGUUUGAAUUUGUAUUUAAUAGGGAUCGUUCACAUGUUACAUAAUAACCUGAACCAGUCCUAGUUGGUUUAGAAAUGUGCUGGUGUAAUUUCAACACUAUGUUUAUAUGUAAAAUGGCUCAAUUAAGCUAGGGGGUUCUAAAAUUGACGAACGCGAAUAUACAUAGUUUGCGUAAUAUGUGAAUGAAUCAAUAUAUUUUAGACAAACUAAAUAUAUCGUUAAUAUCAUCUGUAGAGUGUAAAUUUCAUUAAUUUUAAUUUUAGAUUCGUGGUGAUUUCGUUAAUCAUCAAAUAUUUA